AUGCCACGGCGACGAUCGCCCGCGUUGUUGCUGGGCCUUAGCCUUCCUUCGCUUCUAAGCUUGGACAGGUCAGGUUCGCUCUUUGUGGGAUGGUCAGGAGCUCCGGGGAGAGCUCAGCUUGCUAGCAAAGCGACCAAGCAGCUUUGGGAUUCGGCUUGGGAUGCCCUGAUCCCCGCUGGGCCGGACGGCAGCUCGAUCAGCAAUCCGGAGCUGCUUCGGCUGGUGAAAGAGAGUAUAGACGAGACUUAUUUCGACGACGAUGGACUCCGGCAACUCCCAAAGGUGGAAGACCGUCCCGGUGGGAAAAGUUUCUUUGAGCGGAUGAACGAAACUUUCUGGGCCUACGGUCCUGUGGUCGUCGCGCCUCUGGGGCCGCUGCGAACGGUCAGCGUCUCGGACCCUGGCAUGGUAAAGUAUAUCCUUUCUCAAAGGGAGCUGUUCGGCAAGGGGUUCCUUUCGGCGGUUGGUCAGGAUAUCUUUGGCAAGGCGCUGAUCACAGCAUCGGAUCGUGAACUUUGGCAGUCGAGACGAGCUGCAACAAGUGCAGGAUUCCACGCACAGUGGUUGAGGAGCCUUUCUGAGGAUUUUGUGCAUUGCACUACUCAAGCCAUGCGGCUUCUGGAUGAUCGGGUCCGGUAUGGAGAGGUGGUAGACAUGGAAAGCUUCUUUCUGAACUUGGCCCUCGACACCGUUGGUCGCACCAUCUUCGGCUAUGACUUUCAAGCGAGCGAGCAGCCUCCCAACAGCCCGCAGUCGCCGAUUGUGAGGGCAGUCUACCGGGUGCUGAAAGAGACAGAGUACAGACAAGCCAACCUUGCGAACCUGCUGUUCAUGGGGGCUCCGGACACAUUGGUGGACGUCGCAGCUCCAAGCGUGGCGGAGUACAGGCAAAGCCUUCGGAGCAUUGAUGCGGUACUCGACGAUGUCAUCGGUGCAGCGUUGCUUGAACAGAGGCUCACAGAUGAAGCAGAACUCCGCCGGCGAUCCGGUGGUACGCUCCUCCAGUUCAUCGUAGACCUCCGUGGAAAUCAGGCGAACAGAGAGCAGCUCCAGGAUGACCUGCGGACUUUGCUGAUUGCGGGCCAUGAAACAGUGGCCAGUACACUAACGUGGGCCAUCUAUGAGCUGGCGAAGACUCCCGAGGUCAUGGCAAAGGCCAAGAGGGAGGUUGAGAGAGUCUUGGGUGGUCGUUCCUCGCCCACCUACCAGGACGUCAAAGACCUGAAGUACAUCAGGCUCGUGCUGACAGAGACUUUGCGGCUGUUUCCAGCACCACCAGUGCUGGCCCGGAGCCCACUUCAAUCUGUCACACUGCCGGCAGCAAAUGGCAGCAACGUGACUCUGAAGCGGGGAUCGUUGCUGCUGCUUCAGCUAGCGCAACUGCAUCGACAUCCCGGUGUCUACGAACGCCCAGAUGAGUUUUGGCCGGAGCGCUGGGCACAGGCCUUCAACUCCACCGGCCUGUAUGAUGCGGGAGGAUGGCGCGGCUACGACCCAGUGAGGGUCACAGGCCUGUACCCCACGGCUGUUGCGACAGACUACGCUUUUGUUGGCUUUGGAGGAGGCGAGUUCCAGUGCAUCGGCGAUCAGUUUGCCAUGAUCGAAUCCACGAUCAUUCUGGCCAUGCUUCUGCAGAGGUAUGACUUCAAACUCGUUUUCGAUGAUUUGGAGACCAUCGGCCUAGACAUGGCCGCUACAAUCCACACGAAGCGUGGACUCUUCAUGAGAGUCUCAGCGGCAGCUCCCUUUCCCGCACUGGCAGGUGGCGCCGAGGAGAACCUGUUCGUCCAGGAUGUCAGAGCCAGACGCGAGUACAAGCGUCUCCGCGGUUCUGCUCAACAAGCGCUGGUUGACAGCGACUUGUUCGGAGAGGCACAUGAGCACAUUGCUGCAACUGAGGUGCUUUCCGAGCAAGGCGAUGGCGAUAGCCUCGCCAUCACCCCUAAGGAUGAACCCUACGAGUACGAACUCCUGUCUCCAGAGGAAAGCAAAGCAAAGGAAGAGAUCUGGGACGAGGUAAACAAGGACCUCCUCGAGUCCUUGCAUGACAGGAAAAUGCACAGCCGCAAACGAAAGCGCCAGGAGGCAGAAAGGAAGAUAGCGGACAGGUGGCAGAAGGAGCAAAAGCAGCUGCUCCUUCUGGAACAAGCCCGUGCCCGUCGGAAGCAAGGAAGGUCCAAUCAGAAGAGGCAUUCUCGGCCAAGCGAUAUUGAAGACUAUGUUCCCUCAACCGAGGAAGAGGAUGAAGAUUCCAGUGAGCCCGAAGCCGACUUCUGGGCGGCGCAUGCGGCAGCAAGACAGAGCCACGGAGCAUGCUCCAGUCUGCCGCCGGCUUAUCGGACCCUCACUGCAAAGGAGAAGAUGGAAGCCGAACAGCAGCGCAUCAAGGAGCAAGCGAGAUUCGCGAGGAGCGUCAACGAGCUCUUCGGUGAUUGCUGA